AUGUCGGAGCAUCAGGAUACUAGUUUUAAUCAUUCCUGUAUCAAGAUGCCCGUGGACCCGUUUAGCAGGCAACCUACACCAUUGUAUGAACGACCAAAGGCUCUAAAGAACAGACGGUCUAAAUCCACAGAGAAGAACCACAAGACAAAUUUCACUAACAGAAUAGAUGAAACGGAACUACAGAGUCAUAUUCCUGAUGGAAAUGUCGAGCACUUCAUGGAGUUUUUGGACAGUAUACCUGACUAUGGGGACAUUCAUCAUUUAUCCAAUGAGCAGUUCAAACAGAAGUUGGAUUACUUGAAAAGAAAACAACGGACCUUGCUGAAAAAUUUGAAAAAUUGUCUGGAAACGGAAACUGUUGAAAAGAUUAUGACAUCCUCAGCAGCUUCAGCAGAUAUGGAACGCAAGAAGUUAAGACAGUGGUGCCUAGACCACAAUAAUUUGAGUCUCCAAGGAUUGAAAUGCAGUUUUGAAGAGUCCAGGGUCGACAGUCCUGUACCAUUCCCUUCUGGCAAAUUUGCUGGUCUUGCAGAAGAUCAGGACUUUCUCACAUAUCGGUGUAAGGAUAAGGACGCCAAAACACUGCAUAACAGAAAGAUUCACUCGGCUACUAAAAGUUGGAGUAAUUGGAGCCCGGCAAAGAGCAAAGAGAGCAUCGAUAGCGAAGCUGCAGAUAGCAUGGAAACAAAAAGCCUUCCUCCGGACAGCCCAAAAAAGUGGCACCCCACAGUGCCAAAACCCUUCAAUUUCACAAUUAGAGAAGAAGCAGAGAGGUACAUGUCAAAUGUAGAAAUGCAAGCUGAGGAACAGGGAAAUAAAAAUGCAACGGAUAAGAGAUGUACUCCAAAGAAAAGGCAUGCACGACCAAUUCCUCUUACAUCAAAACUUCCCAUGUACGAUAAGUUACUUGCUGAAAAAAAAGAAAGAAGUCGAAUGGUGCGAGAAGAAAGCAUGUGGAGUUUAAUGUCGCAGGUCCGCCCUUUCAGAUUGGAGUGCGCUCGUAGGGCCCUCACACGUUCUAGCCCACAAUUAUUUCGAAAUGGAGUUGAAACCAGUUCGUGCCACUUUACUCCAAGAUUCAAAGCAAGACCUGUACCAAAAAAUUUGUUCAACGUUGAUGUAUACGACCAAAUGCUAGAAGACGAUUUUUACAGAACACUUGCCAAGAAAGUUAGAGCUUCGGAAUUGCUAAAGACGUCAUCUCUACCUCCUUCGAUGGCUGCAAGGGCACGGAUCAAGUCUGCGAGUGGUGACUCUAACAAUCUGUCUGGCAGGGCCAGUGAACGAGUGCGCGAGGGAAGAGAAUCAACUGGAGCAAGCGUGACACCUUUGCCAUCUGAAAGGUCUAGAUCAGCGAUGACUACCACCAGUUUAUCUACAAAAGGCACCAAUUUAGCAGCACUAUUAAGGUGUCAAGCUUCCAGAGAAAAAAUGGAACGCGAGAUCCAAGACCGUAUGGAAGAAAGACGCAGAGAACAGUUCCUGAAGACCAGGGAGUCUGUGGUGAGAUGCAGACCUGCCUGGCGAGCGCUAAGGGCUGCUGCAAGGCACGAGCACGAGAGAGAUUUGGCUCUAAGAGCGUCUCUGCGGCGAGACGAAGCCAGGGAAUUAGCGGAACGCCAUCGACUCCACAUGGAGUUGAUGCUUGGCCGUGUGACGCAAAUCCCGACAUUAUUUGAACGUCACUCACAGAUGGAGGAAUAUUUUCAGAACUUUCGAGGAUCGCUGAUCUACUGUAACUCGCCAAAGGCCGCUAUGAGGACUUGCAGUAAAUCUAAAAAGAAGAAAAGACCGAAGCGAUCCAACUCAGGAAGCGUCGAUUCCUAUUCUAGUUUGGUAAGUAGCUCGAGACCGAAUUCUGGGUCCGUUGCAAGUUCCGGCACUCUAGCGUCGAUGAGCCACUCCUCAAAGUCAACUGGUUCGAGAAAAUCCGUCAAGUCAUCCGGAUUGUCAAAGAAAAAGGGGGAUCGAGGUCCCCUGAAGGUUUCCAUAAAUGAAACGGCGGAACUGAUCGAAGACAACGAUGAAAAGUAUGAGAGGUACUCAGGCAACACAACGCCCAGUGAUGAGAAUAACGCGAGUGCGACCGAGAGCGACGAAAACGAUAGCGUCGAACGGUUUGAAACAAAGUGAGUUUUUCAUUUAUAAUCAUUUUGAUCAGUGUAGAGGUAUACAAUGCGGAUAUUUUGAAUAAGGAGAUAGUCAUUUUAACGGACAAAUUGAUCUUCACUCGGGAAUAGUGCAAUGAAAUUUAUCUUCAGACCAUAUUUUUUUUGCGCAGCAAACGCGACUGCGAUAUCGUCGAUUUCGAUGUAUGCGUAUAAGCGGAAAUAUAAAACAGAUGAAACGAU